ACAUACCGGGCGGUGUAGGAGCUAACUAAUUCCAGAGGAUGGCAGUAAUGCAACACUGAGGAGGCAAGCUGCCGGUAAACUCCAAACAAGAAGAAGAAGCCGGUUUCCUCCAACAACAAUGGCGUCCUCCACGACGAGAGACGGCGUGAGUGAAGCACAAACAGGGAAAAAAUCCAAAAAGACUAAAAGCCUGGUGGAUGAAUCUGAACUACUGGCUGUUCCUGAUGGAUGGAAAGAGCCGUCUUUCACCAAAGAUGACAACCCCCGUGGUCUUCUGGAGGAGAGCAGCUUUGCAACCCUCUUCCCCAAAUACAGAGAAGCCUACCUGAAAGAGUGCUGGCCACUUGUGGAGAAGGCUUUAGGAGAGUCGAACAUCAAAGCCACUCUGGACCUGAUAGAGGGAAGCAUCACAGUUUGCACCACUAAGAAAACGUAUGACCCUUACGCCAUCGUGAGAGCCAGAGAUCUCAUUAAGCUGCUGGCCAGGAGUGUCCCAUUCGAACAGGCGGUGCGGAUAUUACAGGAUGACAUGGCGUGUGACAUCAUCAAAGUCGGGACCUUGGUGAGGAACAGGGAGCGGUUUGUGAAGCGAAGACAGCGGCUGAUUGGCCCCAAGGGCUCCACUCUAAAAGCAUUGGAGUUGUUGACCAACUGCUACGUGAUGGUGCAGGGCAACACGGUGUCGGCCCUGGGGCCCUUCAACGGUCUGAAGGAGGUACGCAAAGUGGUGAUGGACACAAUGAAGAACAUUCAUCCCAUCUACAACAUCAAGACACUGAUGAUCAAACGUGAGCUGUCCAAAGACCCCGACCUGAGGAUGCAGAGCUGGGAACGCUUCCUGCCCAAGUUCCGCCACAAGAACCUGGCCAAGCGCAGGGAGCCCAAGAAAAAGAGUGUGAAGAAGGAGUACACGCCGUUCCCUCCAGCACAGCCAGAGAGCACGGUUGACAAGGAGCUGGCCACAGGAGAAUUCUUCCUGCGUGAAAGUGUUAAAAAGAGAAAGAAGAUGGAAGAGAUCAAAGUGAAACAAGCGGAGGCGCUGACCAAGAAGCAGGAAGAGCGGAACAAAGCUUUCAUUCCUCCUAAAGAAAAGCCUUUAAUGAAGAAAACCACAAAAGUUCCUACAGAAGGCAAGCUAGACAUCGAAGCCAUCAAGGAGAAAGUGAAAAAAGCCAAAACCAAGAAACUGGGGGCUCCACCAGUGAACCCAGGUCCCCCCACCAGCAGCACCACUGGCAAAAAGAAGAAGAGCAAAACAAAAAACAAAGGUUAACCACAGACUUAGACCAUCAUAGUUGUCAUGUGUACUCCAUGAUAUGAUAUUUGUUGGACAGUCCUAUUGGACAGAUUAAGGACUCUUUCAGGAAGAUGGGACGUCAGACAUACAGUGUGUGUGCUUGGAUCAAAAAUGAAUUCCAUCACAAACUCAUGGAUGUUUUUAUUGAACUUUUUUUGUUGUGAGGAUUUCCUGUUCAUAAUACCUAGUAUAAUCUUCUAUCUGGAGACCAAUUCUCAGUCAGUAUGGUCAGUAUUUAUACACUUCAAAAGAAAUUGUUCUGUCCUUAAGGCGUGUCCAGGAGGAGGCCGACCCAAUCUGAUGGAAAUGUCAAAUUAAAGGAAGAUUUUUAACAACCUGGAUCUUA